AUGGCUGAUAAAGAAAACAGAAGAAAAUGUUUUAAGUGUGGACGUUCGCCAACCCAGCAUAAUGUAAAGCUCUUUCGUUUUCCGAAGCCGGCUAAAAGGAAUCUUAUACGUUGUUUAUUAUGGGCCAAAUAUAUCUUCCCUGAUCGUGACUAUUCUCUAGUAUCAUUUCAAAUGAAACUAUACAGUGAACACCGAAUGCUCUGCCAAAAACAUUUUAAGGACUGUGAUUUCACUGACAGUUCUAGAACCAAAUUAUUGAGAACAGCAGUUCCAUCUGAUGAUCAAAAAGAGCAUAUUUCUAUACCUGUGCAAGAUGAUGACUCACACAUUCUUAUUGUAUCUGAUAUUGAAGAACACAACCUUCUCAAUUUCAUUAAUUAUGAGUGUAAUUUGAAUGCACAGUUGAAUAUAAAAGAAGACUUGACAAAUACUCAAAAUAUUUCACAAAUAGACUGCGAAGAUAUCUCACCAGCAUCGCCAAUAGUUUUGGAUUUUGAAAAUGGGUUCCAUGAUACAAAUAAAGAAUAUGUUACGAAUAUUACGAAGUCUAGGAAAGAGGAAAAGCAGAAAUGUCAAAAAAUUGUCCAUCUACAAGAUACUAAAGUGCCUCCACGUGCAGUUGCUGUACUCCCGCCAGCAUUGUAUUACAAAAAUGGUUCAGUAAUACCUCGUCGCUCAUUACCAACAAGAGUAAAAUUUGGUCCCGUCAAAGGUGUGAAGACAGUUUUGACAAAUGAAAAUGCCUGUGAAAUAGUUCUUGAAGCUGCUAGAUGUAAAGUUCCAAUAUAUCUUAUGAUCAACAAUGACCAUAUUACUUAUAUUGAUGUCUUGGAUAAAGAUAAAUCAAAUUGGUUUAGCCUUUUGCCACUUGGAGAUCAACAUACAGCAAAUGUUUGGUUAUAUCAAGAAGGAGAAGAAUUAUAUGGAAUGGCUGUGAAAUCCAUCGCGGCGCGUACUCCUUUAAUCUUGGGCUAUAGCAAAAAGUAUACAGAAGAUUGUGGCAUUCCACCAGGACUACCAGUAUUAGAUAUUUCCUCAGUUUUAUGUGAAGAUCUCCAAGCACAAUGCCGUGAAACUGCGGGUCCGUAUCAUCGUAGAAAUGGAUAUAAGAAUACGAUACGUCUCCGAACGCGACGAGGAAGAUAUCGCUGUCGGUAUUGUUUACAUACUUUCAGUAGAAUAUUUACUUUAAAUCGUCACACUGCAUUGUAUUGUACCAAAAAGUCUGACAAAACAGCCACAGUUAAAUGGAAUUGUUUACCAGAAGUUGCUCCAACUGCAGCUUCCAAUAUAGAGGAUAAUAGGUUGCCGUCUGAUGAAAGCUUACAAAACUAUUCGAAUGGUCUAGAUUUUUCAACUAGCCUCUUUGACACUGAUCGUAUGUCGAAUCUUGAAAUAUCAGGAAGUUCUAGAUCUGAAAACGAUUUCAAUCUGUAUGGUGUUUCUUACAAAGAUCAUAAUGGCAUGACAGUCGAUUUGGAUCCUACAGUGAAUAAGCAAGAGUGUGAAAAUGAGGAUCGUAGCAAGGUUGAGCCCCCAAAUGAGCCGUUUCUUAUAUCAUGUGAACACUGUAGACAAACUAUAGUACAAGGAGAUAUGAAUCGGCAUAUAAGAGAAUGCAAACGGAUUUCUUUAACGUGUGAGUGUGGCCGUAUGUAUAAGAGCAAGGAAAAACUAGCACAACAUAUACACACCCAACAUGGCUUGAGCUCAUUGACACAGAAGUUAAAUGAAGAUGCAAUCUUUAAAUGUGACAAGUGUGACCAAACUUAUUUGGUAAGUUUAGACUUUUUGACCUUUAAUGACCUUUUAAGAUUACUUUAG